GCACUUGCCAGCAGAUCUGUUGCUGUUAGUGGGAGAAGUCUGCAGGAAUAUAAAUAGGCCAGUUAACUGAGGCUGUUAAUAAGAAGGUGGCGCCCUCAAAUAAUACGCCAAGAAAGACGGCUUUUUUAUUAUAUGUUCUUAACUUUGGAAGAUAAUAGAGCCCAGUGUUUCCAAUGAAGGGAAAGCUGCAGAAUCUGUUAUGUUGGAGGAAAAAAUCCAAAGGCAAGGCUCCUCUUCCUCCUGGGGACACGAGGUGCUCUGACAGUCUGCCAUCGUUUGAUUCUGCGGACACCAACCAGUAUAACAUGGAUCAGAAGGAGAAUAUCAUCGACAGAGACAUCGAGCUCAAUGUAGUUCUUCCAGGUGACAGGGUCACAUCCACCACCGUGAAUGGCAGCAAACCCAUGAUGGACUUGCUUGUAUUCCUUUGUGGACAAUACCAUUUGAACCCAUCCACCUACACAAUAGAACUGUUUUCAGCAGAUAAAAGCCUGCUUAAGUUUAAGCCAAACACACCUAUUGGAAUGCUGGAAGUAGAAAAAGUUGUCCUGAAAUCUAAAAAUCUGGAGGACAGACAUAAAAAGCCUGGCCCGAUGAUGCCAGAGCAAACUGUUCGAGUUGUCAUCAAUUAUAGGAGAACACAGAAGACAGUGAUGAGAGUCAGUCCUUUUGUUCCAUUACAAGAUCUCAUUCCCUCUAUUUGCAGUAAAUGUGAAUUUGAUCCUCAGACUACAGUCCUGUUGCAUGAUUACCAGUCGCAUAAAUCCCUUGACAUCACAAAGUCUCUCAAUGAUCUUGGUUUGAGGGAACUCUAUGCAUUGGAUCAGAGUAAAGCUACAUCUCCUACAGAAAUCCGACAGCCACCUUUACAAGAGUCUUGUCAGAACGUGGAGAUAAAACAGAAUGAUGACAAACGGUUCUUAAAGUUUUUCCGGAGAAGCACUAAAAAGAAGCGGGAUCAGACCUCCAGUGCUCCGGCCACUCCGUUGCUCAAUAAACAGAGGCCACCACAAGCGGUGAGAGAAAACACUGUCAUCAAAUCCUACGACUCCAACACUUUGCCUUCCGAUGUGCCAAAGAAACGGAGAGCUCCGCUGCCACCUAUGCAUCCCCCUCAGAACAACCCCAUACCCCGCGGACAGAUACGCACUUCCUCUUGUGUUGUGAAGUCUACCAGUGUGGACGAAUCGGGAAAGUGUGUUUCAGGGUUUGACCGAUCAAGAACUGGCUCUUUUCAACACGGUGGAACAUCUUCCUUUAAUUCUUCUAUCAGAAGAACAAAACGCAAAGCCCCCCCACCACCAGCUCCACCGUCCAAUCCACUGCAAGCCAGUGAUGAGAACAGCAAUGAAAUCGUACAUGAUUCACAAGAAGUGAAUGAUGUUGAAGUGGAAAGUGAUGAAACAAACCAUUACAGCCCUGCACAAGAAGCAGAUGUAGUUCCUGAGUUAGAUCAGCAGAGGGUGGAGGAGAAGAAUGAGUCAAGUGUCUCUCUGAAGUUAGAGGAGAAUACCUCCUUAAAGGAAGAAGCCACUGGUUUCAUCAAGAAAGGCAUAAGUAUAUCUUCAUCAGAAGAACGUGUGGAAACACUGGUCACAGAAGAAAUUACAAGUUCAGAAUUGCACAGUUCUUCUAUGGUUUCCAAUUAUGAAAAUCUCUCCAAGAUUUCAGAAGAUGAGAUCAUCACAGAUGGCACGUCAAGCCUUUUGUCAAGAGAUGAUGCGGUGAUGGAAAAUACAACACUUGAAUAUGAUAAGAUUUGUGAACGUGAAAAUAGAACUUCAACCCCGACUGCAGAAGUAGAGAACAUUCAAAUAUUUGGAACUAAAACAGUAGUUACGGAGCAGGGCUCUCAAACGCUAUCCUCUGAACAACACACCAAAGAUACAAAUAUUGUUUUUCAAAAUUACCGCCACAUUACAGAGACUGAAACGCAUGAGGAUCUGAAGAUCAACACCACAGAAAAGGGAAAAACUCAGGAUUCAGCUGUCCAGACUGUUAAUUUUGACAAUGACGCAGAAACAAUUGCAGAGGAGUUUUCACAUUCUCGGGAAUCAACUUUCCUAACAACUGUGAGUAGCACCAACAAUGUCCAGCAUAUACCGAAUGGUCAUGCAGGUCAGCUGACACAGUUUAAUGGCCAGCAGAUGGUUGUAACUGGGAAAGAACCAAGUAAGGAGGAUCUUGUUGACAAUCUCAGGCAAAGUAUGCACACACAGACCAUUGAAGAAAGCACUAUUGAGGGUUCUCGUAAUUCACAAUCAAAAACAUUGCCAUUUUAUAGACAGCAUUCUGAUCCCAAGCCCAAGCCUUCCAACGAAAUUACCAGAGACUACCUUCCCAAGAUCGGAAUGACCACUUACAAAAUUGUACCUCAGAGAUCAUUUGAUGUAGAGCGAUAUAUGGAAUCUGAAAGUCCACAGGAUGUCCACAACAAUGAGUACAGACCAGUGAAUGAGCAUAUGAUAAGUCAUACUGUUACAAAUAGCAACGCUACAUCACCUUUAGGUGAAAAGCAUAUACUUUUAUCAGAAGUAAAAAAUGGAGACCAUUCACCGGAAGGAUCAUCUACUUACUCUAUCAGUACUGCUUCAAAAACUGUUGCUGGGCCAAGUGAAAGAGACCACCUUGCCUUAUCUAGAAAUGUAUCUGCAGCCCCUGUUUUAAGCACAAAUAAAACUGCUCCUGAGGUCAAACCAAAGCCGAAACCAACAAGCCCAGUCAAAGGCCCUAGUUCCUUUUACCUUCAAAUGCAGAGGAGGGCUUCAAGUAUGUACGUCACGUCUGCAAUUGCCAAGACCAAGUCUUCUUCUAGUGUGGCAAACAGUACGGCUAAACCUAAAGAUCUAGGAAAUGAAGCCUCUCAGAUUACCAUUAAAACACUGCCAUCUAGAAUUAAUGUAGUAAACAUGACUUCUAGCUUUGAGGAAAAGUUACCUGGAGAUAGAUUGCAAUUAGUGGAGAGACCUGAGGUCAAAAAUGGUGGUCUUGGAGCAAUUCAUGAAGGUAAUUUUGAAACGGAAAACAAAAUCAGUGCUUCACAUUCUUCCCCAGAAAGCCAUGUUAAUCUAGUACACAAAGAAGUAUCUUCUGUCGGUGUGUUGGCAGAACACAAAAAGCAUGUGUGGUUCCAAGAAAAUAGGAUCCAGGAUGUUGAGCCACCUCUGCAAGUGAAAUUUUCCGAAUUGACCAACACCAUACCAGAAAUCUACCGUGCCGGCACACAAGUUGUCCAACAGGAUUAUAAAGCCGAUGUUCUUUCAACAACAACAUCUAGCAAGCUGACCAGAACUUUGAGUUCUCCAACUGGCCAGUCUGCUCCAUUGAGCUUCCAGAAAUUAAGCACUUUUGUCACUCCCAAGCCUUUUACAAGUACAAAUACCAAUCCUUUUUCUUCUUCUGUUACAUCAUCUGUUAAACGAUCUCAGUCAUUCAAUUCUAGUAUCUCGCCUGUGAAACAGCCUUUAAAUGUGGAUGGUCCCAUUGGUUGGUCACCAGUCACUUCACCAGUUGAUUUCAAGAAAGAUUCCCCGGACUUCUCUGUCAGUUUAGAGGAAAUCACAGAAAAUGAGACACUAACCCCUGCACUAAAAUACAGAGUGCAUAGUCCGCCUCCUGUUCCUGAAAAAAAGACCACGGUAUCUUUUCCAAGCCCUGACCCAGAACAGCUCCGCCAAAACAUUCUGUCUGCCAUUCGCUCAGGAGAGGCAGCUGCCAAGCUGAAAAGGAUCACUAUCCGCUCUAGCACCAUUUCCAUUAAUGGAAAAUCACAAAUCAGCCAUCCAACUUUCUCACAAUCAUUACCCGAGGACUAGACACGGUGCCAAGAAUCGUUCUUACCGGCUUCCUCCUCCACAUGUACCAGUUUUAAGUUUUGUUAAAUUAAAGUAUAUAUUGAUAUAUAAUAUCCCUGUAACUUUCAUAGGAAGAAAGAGAAAAAUAUAUAUAUAUUUUUGGGCUUUGUAAUUACCUGUGCAGCCUGACAUUUUCUAUAAUUACAGAUAUUUUUGUUCUAAUGACUGGUUAUUAAAAUUUAAAAAUCUAAAGAAUAGGAAAUCUCUCUAGAGUUCAGUAUUUGAGAGUUCUUUGUAAAUUAAAAUGCUGCAACUUGUUUUGUUUCCUGUUUUCAGAACAUGAUGUAAUGAUUCUUUAAACCAUUUUGAUUUCUGAAAUCUACUGUACAUAACUGCCAUUAUUGCCUCAAUGUUACAGAUAAUUUAAAUAAAUCUGCUGCAAGCAGUGUUGAUGGAAUGUCUAAUCAGAAUGUUACUGUAUGCGUAGUGACUGUAAUCUUUAAAUGUGUAUGUUUUGUAUGUAUUUUCUGACAAAAUGUUUUAACGUUGUAAAGGUAAAACAUAAGCUUUAAAGAAUGUUCACUUUUUGCGUUGUCUCGGGUUUUGUAGGCAUACAAAGAUUCACGCUGUAGCCUACACCUUCUAAUCGGAUCUUACACUGCCAAAUAAAAGGAUUUAGUUGGAAUCA